AUGGCCGCCCCCGCGAGCAAGACCACCAAGGACCUCAAUGGCAACUGGACCAUGAACAAGACGCUCUCCGACUCCUCGGACCCGGUGCUCUCGCUGCAGGGCGUUGGGUUCCUCACCCGCAAGGCCAUUGGCCUGGCCACCGUCACCCUCGAGAUCAAGCAGUACGAGGGCCCGCCAAAGCCUCCCAACACGGCCACCGACGUCGUCACGCACAUCGACAUCAUCCAGUCUGCAUCCAAGCUGUCGAGCACGGAGGAGAAGCGCUGCUUCGACAACUUCCCCCGCACCCACACCGACUGGCUGUUUGGCACCGUCGAGGGCCGCAGCCGCUGGGUCUCGCUGGACGAGGUCACUGACGAGUUCCUGAAGAAGGACUGGUUGGUUGAGGGCGAGGGCCAGAGCUUCAUCACCAACGUUGCUGAGAACAAGGAGAAGGGGUGGGUUGCCGAGCAGGUCUGGGGCUUUCAGAUUGUCGAUGGCGAGCGUAGAUACUGCAGACAUGUUGUUGUGACCAAGGGCUCCGAGCGGGCUCAGAUCCGCCUCGUCUACGACUAUGACGAGCAGUAA